GCCACUAGUCAACAAUGGCGGACGAAAACAUUUACUGCGGUAGUUGGAAGAUUACAAAAUGCAUAUCACUCGCGGCGGGCACCGAAGUUACGGAGGUCGAAGGCACUGUUUUCACGUUGGACGAAAGCGGCGACCUGUCGUGGACGAUCCCGGACCGUGCAGUCCAGAUGCCUUUCUUCAGCUGCGAGACUUACGAGGUUUUUCUCGGGAACCCUCAUUACAUACGGUUCUUUGGGACGUUUGCUGGACACAUGAUCGAAUUUCGGGUGGCACAUGCGGAUGAAGAUGGCAUCAACCUCAUCUACGAGGGGUGGUGCGUGCUCCAGUGUGUCAAGCUUGCACAGAAAGAGGUUGGCUGGGACGAGCCCUUUUCCUACCUGCCCGCCCUGGACGAGGGAUACUUCUCCGACACUGUCAUCACUGCCGAGGGCGGAAAAGAGUUUCCCGUUCACCUGACCCUUCUGCGGCUAAGCUGUCCAGCCGUGGAGUGGGCCGCAGGCAAGCCCAGCCCACUGGACGGACUGCCCGAGGACGUUGUCGCAGCCGCCUUGCACUGCAUCUACGCCGACUGCCUCCCGCCGACGCUGACGGAGGCGACGGCGAGGGCGUGCGUCUCGCUGCUCAGCCCGCCGGCUGCCGUCGGAUUCGAGCGGCUCAUACACCUCUGCGAGCUGUUCCUCCGCAACAUGGCCGUCAAGCAGCGAGUGAUGUCGCUCAUCAACGACAUGCACCAGUGCGCUGCAACGGUGGCGGAAUGCUUCAGCGCUCCGUCGGGAAAUGGAGGCGAGGGAGAGGGCUCGGAAGGCUCCGCGUCGCCCACGGCAAGCCCCGCACGGCUCUGCUACGUCGUGGGUCAGGCGUUGAGGGAGUGUGCCGUGGCGGCAGCCAAGCUGCUGCUCCUGUGCGGCGUGUUCUCACGGCACAAGCACCUGCUUUCUCGAGAGGAGCGGCAGGACCUCAUCAAGCACUGCGUUUCAAGGCUUCCCACGUUUAUGAAUCAGCUGCAAAAGCUUCUGGAAGCCGUGAAGAGGACGUUUGGGAACCUCUCCUUUGCGGAGAGGACAGUCAUCGCUGCGUACGUCGUCCCCGAAAUCGAGUCUUCCCUGGAGUCGCUGUUCCAGCUUAUUGCUGAAGCCAAGCGAGCGCUGGACCUUAUCAUCAGCCGAAUGACCAACGACAAGAUGACCACAGAACCGUACGUCGCCGACUUGCCCGUCGGCGAGCUGCUCAACCGGAACCUCAGAAACUCCCUAAACGUACGAGAGUUGGUGAAGUUGCGGAGUUUCUACGAAAAGGUUUUCAUGACCUUCAUCACUCUCAUGCGGAAAAAGGAAAGCUUCUGUGACAUGGGAGGCGGCAGCAAGAUUCGAUCUGUGGCGAAGAACUUGGAACAGUUCAUCGAUGAGAUUCCCAUGCUGCUGCUUCGGAUCGAGGAACUGCGGUCGGCCGUGCUCGAGAAGCAGAGCUGCAAGGAGUGGAAGUUCCUGUUCAAGUUGGGAACAUCCAAAGUGGCGUGGGUACUGAACAAACUGGUGAGCCACCGCGAGACGCUACACCUGGUGAUGACGCGCCUCUGCGACCUGGUGGCACGUGACCAGUUCACCGCAGCGCUCGUCGAGCUGGGAAUCGUCGUCCCAACGGGCGAGGCGCACCAGAACGGCGUAGCCGGAGACGAAGACGACGAUGACAUCAACACCUCAUCCGCCGGCACGACGGCAGAAGAGGGGGGCCUUCCCUGCGGCGGAAGCACCGCUGGACUUGCUGCAGCCUCCGCCGAGCCCGAACAACCGCACAGCGAACCAAUAGAGUCCUUGUGCCAGCCGCCGCCGGCCAGGGACAGCCGGCUGGCCAGGGACAGCUUGCGGCUCUUCCUGGACGGCAAGGACACAGACAUGUCCUUCGAGAUAGUUGCGGCACCGGGCUACGGUGGCGAUACAAGUCCGGAGCCGGUCAACGACACCGUUUCGGGCAUGCAUUGGCAGAUCGGAGCCCACCGCGUCGUCGUGGCGACCCGCUGCAAUUGGUUCAAGAAGGCGCUUCUCAGCGGCAUGCGGGAAUCCAUCGACCGGAAAAUAACGGUGCACGACACGCACCCAGAAGUGUUCCAGCUCUUCCUCGAGUACCUGUACCGCGGCUGCCUCGACUCGCGGCAACUCACCACCGAGCAGCUGGUCGAACUGAUGCAGCUCGGCGACCGGUACGAGGUCGACUUGCUGAAGCAGAUCGCUGAAGACGCUCUUCGUGAUCAUUUGGACGAAGACUCGGCCCUGUUCCUUCUCAAUUUGGCCGACCAGCUCAAUGCCAGAAAUCUGAGGAAUUCGGCGCUCGAGUUUGUCGCCAUCAACAAGGACGUCGUGAAAAGCGACGGCUACUCCGAGCUUCCGGACGACCUGCAGACCGAAAUAAUGGAGACCAUUACGUGGUUUGAGCUCAGAAGUUCUCAGCGAUCCGAAGAUGUGAUACCAUUCGGGUGCCAGUUCGAGCCCGCCAGUCCCAGCUCGGCAUCGUCCAGCCUACUCGACAUUGACGAGUUUGCCUCGGCGCUGAGCAUCUCUGGGAAGGAGACGGAUGCAACGCAGGUCAGCAGUGCGAUUUCACAGCUCCCGCUGACGCAGGACUCUGCGCAGCUCGAGGUCUGCGUCGAGCAGCUGCGCGACGUCGUCGGCGAGGCGGUGCCUCGCGAGGCGCUCGUGCAGGUCAGCCUCGCAGCCGACUACGACGUCAACCGAGCCCUCAACUUCUUCUUCGCCUGA